CCCAUCUGUCAAAAAAGAAAAAAAAUCAGCUUCCAUCUUGUUAGAAGAGCACUAAAAGGGUACUGCUAUUAGUUUUAGUUAAAAGAAAAACUUUACGAAAAAAUGGUGUGAAAAAAAUGGUGUCGGGGAACCUCGUUUGAGAUGAUCCGCGUUGUUUAGGAAGUUGACGAGAUGGAUUCCGCGUCGGUGGAUUUCACGUUGCAGGAUGUUUUGGAAAGAAGUUCCGAAUUUAUAGGAAUCGACAACGAAGGAUUAGAUUUCGAUCAAUUAGAAGCCUUCAUCAACAGCGACGCAUCCCAAAAUAACCCCGGAAAUUAUUUUGGUGAAACCCUCCCAAACCCGGCGGGAAAAAUCUUAAACGUCAUCGUUGAAUCGAAACGAAACGGGCAUUCCCUCCCGGAAUCCCCCCCAGAUUCGAGCUCUGAGCACCCAUACAGCCCGCAAGAAACGUGCGAGCAAAUCUCAACCCCAUCCGAUGCGAUUUACUCGACAUUAGGGCACCAACAAAUUUAUAAACCGACACUUUUAAACCCGAUUUUAAGCAACAACUUAAUAAUCGACUCCCACAUCGUCGUUUCGGACUCAAACCCCGAAGGAUUAUUAGAAAAUGGGGCCCUCCUACAAGAUAUUAACCGCGCUAUGUUACAAAGCGACGAAAACUACGUCGAAAGGAAUCGAAAUAACGAUUUAUUAUUGGUUAAGAACCCCGAUUUGGUUCAUAUCGGGGGUUACAACGACUUAAAUUGCGACCCAACCCCCCCAAACAUCGUGGAAGGAAUCCAACAAACCGUUUAUACAAAUUUACAAAACGCCCCUAAGAAAAGGAAGUUAUCCCAGCAACAAGAUGUUCCUUUAGUUAAAAGCGAACCGGAACAUUGCUCCCAAAGCCCUCCAAGUAAUCUAAAUGGGUCCAUUGAUGAUGAAUUUAGCGCAUCAGAAAGCUGUUUGAAUGAUUCUCAAUAUCAAUGUAUUCGGUUUACUCCGUUCCAACAAAACGUUUGGCACGCGCUUUGUGAUCAAAAUUUAAGCGAAUUGCCGGUUCCUCAUUACCGGGUUGAUGCUGAUAAAGGAUUUAACUUUUCGAACGCGGAUGACGCCUUCGUUUGCCAAAAGAAGAAUCAUUUCCAAAUAACUUGCCACGUCCAGUUAUUGGGGGACGCCCAAUUCGUGAAAACGUCGAAAGGGUUCCAAAAAAUUACAAGUUUUCAUUUGCACUUUUAUGGAGUUAAGCACGAUUGUCCGACGCAAACGAUCCGCGUUGAGCAGAGUCAAAGCGAUCGGAGUAAAAAGCCGUUUCAUCCUGUAUUGUUCAACAGGGUUGAGUUGGUUGGAACGCAAGUUACUAAAGUAACCGUGGGGAGGUUACAUUUCAGUGAGACUACCAGUAAUAAUAUGAGGAAGAAGGGGAAACCCAAUCCGGAACAAAGAUAUUUUCAGUUAGUUGUAGGUUUGCACGCGCACACAACUCACGGGGAUUUCCCCGUAAUAAGCCACGCAAGUCAAAAAAUAAUAGUUAGAGCCUCAAAUCCCGGUCAAUUUGAAAACGACGUUGAGUUAAUAUGGCAAAAAGGACAAACACAAGACUCAGUUUUCCACGCGGGAAAAGUUGGAAUCAACACCGACCGCCCAGAUGAAGCCUUAGUGGUCCACGGGAACCUAAAAAUAACCGGCCACAUCAUCCAACCCAGCGACAUCCGCGCAAAAAAGAACAUAGUCGAUUGCGAUACCCGACAACAACUCCAAAACGUUCAAAAAUUACGCGUUGUCCGCUACGAAUAUGACUCGGAAAUCGCGUCAAAACUCGAAAGAUCGUCAGGAAACAUGAUCGACACUGGAGUUAUAGCCCAAGAAGUAGCUGAGAUUUUACCCGAGGCUGUUAGCCCGGCGGGAAAUUUAAUCCUCCACGAUGGGACGUCGAUUGAUAACUUUUUAGUCGUGAAUAAAGAGAGGAUUUUUAUGGAGAACAUCGGGGCGGUGAAGGAGUUGUGUAAAGUCACCGAUAAUUUGGAGAAUCGAAUCGAUCAGUUAGAAAAGAUUAAUCGCAGGUUGAACAAGUUGAAACGAGGCGAUAGUUUGAAAUCGAACAGUACAAUUGGAAGUGGAAAUACGAUGAAGCACGUGCAACAUUCGAAGAAAUGUUUUAAACAUCAUAAAUGUAUCGAGGAGAAUGAGUUGUGCUCCACGAAGUUUAUACAGGUUAUAAUCGUCGUUUUGAUCUUGAUUAUGGCGUUUUGUUUGGCAGCUAUAACAACGUUGUAUUUGAUCGAAACGGGACACAAGCAACUUCCCCAACCAAAUUUGCAUUUGAAACAUUAUUAUAGUACAAAUAAACCGAUCCAAACCACCAAAAAUCAUCAAAGAUGGGAUUUACCUUUCAACAUUCCAACAGAAAUUCCAUAUAAAGAUAACGGAGUAGAAAAAGCAAUAGAAAUAACCCCAAUUGAUAAAGAAUUUUCAAAAAUAAUAGGUAAACCCAUCGAUUGCGCUAACUUCGAUGAUUUGGACCCAAUUAAUUCUUGCACUUCAUUCUGUUGUACCACAAUCAUUGAAAAAUCAAUUGGAUCACACCUCACAUUCAAAGAGAAAUCGUCUAAACCGACCAAAAAUAAAACAUUAACCUCCCAAUUAGAAAAAACCAACAAAAUAACGAAACUUCCUCACAAAACGCGUCAAAAAAGAGACGUUGAUGACAUCAACGACAAAGAAAACACCUACGAUGGGACCCCAGAUGAAACGAACCCCCUUCGAAUUACAAUUCAAGGCAAAAACUUCAGUACCGACAUCACGCGUGAUUAUUUAUUGGAAGAGGAUGGAUUGGGGAUGUCCAAUUUUACGUACGACGUUCCAAUUUCGAAGUAUAUGCCCGAUUCGUAUGUGAGAGUCGUGUUUAGGGCGCAUCAAAGGAACGUGGUGGUCGAGCAGUGUCACUCGACGCGGUUAAGGCCGUGUUCAUCCCCAAUGAUGAGUCCAAAUGAAAAUAAGACGCAAAACGGGGGAUAUACGGUGGAUGAGAACGUUCCUGUUCAAAUGAUUAAUGAUCAUGUUUUCGUUUUUGAGGUCGAUAUGACGGAUUCGCAAGCUAAAAUUAUGACUUAUAGGCAUACACAACGACAGAAUCAAAAUAUUUGUAAGAUUUCUCCUUCGAAGCUCGGACUUGAAUUCACAGAGUACAACUUUAAAUUUUACCGACCUUGCGAUGAAUAACUUUUAAACGAUAAAUUUAGUUUUAUUAUGUGAUUAUUUUCGUGUAGAUAUUUUUUUAAUUACGUUGAGGUGCAUUACGAUUUAAUUAAAUUUAGGGUGCAAUAUAAGAUGUUUUAAGUAAGCCGA